AUGGCCACAAAGGAUCUGAUUAUAGGGGAACCAUCCGCAACUUUGGUAUCAUCCCAACUGUUGGAUGUGGACCCCGUAGGUGAUGCUGAAGCUGGUUAUGAGACAGAGUACUAUGAAACAGAUGCAUAUGAGGGAUUGGGGUCUGAUGUGGAGGGAGAAGAUGACGAUUUUAGUAGAAGGAGAAGUAGGUUUUCAAAAUAUGAUCCUAAUUGUGGUUUCUCGAUUUCCGCAUGUUCAUUGUUCAUGGUCUCUGCACUACUGCUGACAAGUGAAAUGGAGGUCGGUGCCGCCGGCAAAACGUUCAGCGUUUCGGACUAUGGAGCAGUUGGCGAUGGGCUCGCCGACGACUCCCCGGCAUUUAUAAAGGCGUGGAAUGACGCAUGCAACACAACGGCGGGGGCAUCGACGAUCAGCGUUCCACAAGGAAAGCAGUACCGUUUGAGUAGUAUCAAUUUUACGGGCCCGUGCAAGUCUUUUAUCAAUCUCGUGGUUUCGGGGAAGAUCAUAACACCAAAAGAUCCAAAUGCAUGGAAGGGGCAAGAUCCAUCAAAAUGGUUGACUUUUAAGAGUGUGAAUGGACUCAACAUUAGUGGUCCGGGCUCGUUUGAUGGAAAUGGCGAGGCCUGGUGGGACAUCUCCUGCAAAUUGAAGCCUAAGCCUGGAUGCAAUAUGCUCGCUCCGACAAUGCUGGGUUUCUACAGCUGCAAUGGAGUAUAUUUGCAAAGUCUGGACUUCAGCAACAGUCCUCAGACGCAUGUAACUCUUUCUGGAAGCAGCGACGUUCAUCUCAUGUACUUGAACAUUUCCGCACCCGAAUGGAGCCCCAACACCGACGGAAUCCACAUCCAAGAUUCUCAUGCUGUCUCUAUUCAUGAUUCAAUCAUAGGCACCGGUGACGAUUGCAUCUCGAUUGGCGACCAGACCUCAAAUAUCAAUAUAACCUCCAUAGAGUGUGGACCUGGUCACGGCAUAAGCAUUGGAAGCCUGGGAAGUAGUGGAAAUGAAGUAAGUGUGCAAAACAUCAACGUGAGGAAAAUUAACUUUCAUGGGACAACUAAUGGAGCUAGAAUUAAAACUUGGCAGGUGGGAAGAGGCCAAGUUAGCCAAAUUACUUUUGCGGAUCUCAACUUCACCGGAGUGCAAAACCCCAUCAUCAUCGACCAGCACUACUGCGGUACUCGGAAUGCAUGUCCCAGCACGGUGGCUAUCGUCGGUAAUCAGUCACAGACAACAUAUACAUUCGAGGAUUGUAAAACUGGGGUUCAGAUAAGCGACGUGCAUUACCAAAGGGCAUUCGGGACGUCAAGCACGAAAGUGGCCGUCAACCUAAACUGCAGCGACAACGUCCCAUGCACCCACAUCGACUUGGACACCGUCGAACUGGAUCCCGCGAUCCGAGGAGAGGAACUCAUUUCUAGCUGCAACAAUGCCUUUGGAACUGCUGAAGGAAUGGUCAAGCCCAGUUCCUGCCUUCGAAGAUCAUAA